CUCGUCGUCAAACAAAAACGCGGAAACAAAAGAGCUGAUCGCUUUUUCAAAACAAAUAACGCGUCGGCAGAAAGCAAACGCAGCUGACAGCUGUCUGAGUUAACAUUGUAGCUUCUCCAAGCCGCUCUUAAAGAACUGUCAUGGCUCUGAAGAGAAUACAGAAGGAGUUGAAUGAUUUACAGAGRGACCCCCCAGCUUCAUGCUCAGCUGGACCCGUGGGAGAAGACUUGUUUCACUGGCAAGCCACCAUCACUGGACCAAACGACAGCCCUUACCAUGGAGGAGUUUUUUUCCUUUCUGUCCAUUUUCCCACCGACUACCCCUUUAARCCACCGAAGGUUGCCUUUACAACAAAAAUCUACCACCCAAACAUAAACAGCAAUGGAAGCAUUUGCCUUGACAUUUUGAGGUCACAGUGGUCACCUGCACUGACAAUAUCAAGAGUGUUGUUAUCCAUAAGCUCCUUGCUGUGUGACCCAAAUCCAGAUGAUCCUCUGGUCCCCGAAAUCGCAAACAUCUACAAAUCAGACAGGCAAAAGUACAACAAAUUGGCCAGAGAGUGGACCCAGAGGUAUGCAAUGUAACCGACUGGUGCUACACAAGCAUGGACUCCUCUUCAAAAUAUGACCGUACUGUUCAACUGCUUUAUCCUCGCUGGUUGUAGCUGAGGUGUUUGAUCCACUUAAUGCACUUUCUCCUCUGAAAUUUUACUUGACCUGUUUAUUUUAUUAUUUUGGCAUUAUUGGUAAUUUUUUUUUCCCAUUUUAGCUGAUGUGCAGAGGUGGCCUGAUUGUUUCUCUUUCAAACAUUUGUACUGUACAUCACUGUUUUUUGAUUAUACUGAAUUAAAAAAGAUAAAGCGUAAGAAUA